GGUUUGGCUUCAGUUUAAUUUUAAGAUUUUUAUUUAGAUCAUUGUUAUCAUUUUUUUCUGUCUUUUUUUCUCUAAUUGUUUCAUUUUAAUUGAGAUUCGAAUGAUCAUAAUUGUUGAUUUAAAUCAUCUUUAACUAUGGGAGACGGUGCUGAGAUUGAUCUGUAUGCAGACGAUCUUGACAUAAACGAAUUUAACCAGGAAAAUGAUUAUAAUGAUCAAGGGGUUGAUCUAUAUGAUGAUGUGAUCACCGCUUCAGGGAAUAAGUCUAAUGGUGAGGAUUAUUCAGCUAACCAGGAUUCAAAUCAUUCCCGUCACACAAAUAAUGAGAGUAUAUCCAGUAAUCUUUUGCUAGACCAAGGGCCAACUAAAAAGAUUGGAAUAUAUGUCGGUAAUUUAACUUGGUGGUCAACUGAUUUCAAUGUUAUUGACGCGAUCAAUACUAUCGGAAUCAAUGAUGUCAUAGAUGUGAAAUUUUUCGAAAAUCGAGCUAAUGGUCAGUCGAAAGGUUUUUGUGUUGUCACUCUUGGUUCAGAGAAUUCGGUCCGCUCUGUUAUCGAAAAACUCCCUAAAAUAGAAAUCCAUGGACAAAAUCCUAUGGUUACUCCGUGUAGCAAAGCAAAUUUAAAUCAUUUCGAAAUGCAGUCACGUAAAUUGAUUCCUGGAGGAUCUGGAAAUCAACACAUGAGUAGUAAUACUUCAAAUCCACGACCAUUCAAUCCAUCAUCAGGAAAUCUCAGACCACCAAUGAUGACAAGACCAACGCGACCCAAUGGCCUAUUUCUUGGACAAACACCACGAAUGUCAGUGUCAAAUCAAGGUAACGGUGGCCCUUUCCAAGGUCAGACAUCUUGGCAUGCAUUAGGAGGUCAAGCCCCCUUUUCAAGCACCCAUUCAGGUUCAAAUCGUCCAGGAUUACCAUUGAUGCGAUUACCAUCUAAUCAAAGAGGAGCUACUUCACAACCUUUAUUCCGAGGACCUGGACUUUCAGAUCUCCGUUCAAAUCAUCCAUCUUCAUUACAUGACUGGGGAGAUCAUUCAUCACAUUCAGGACACUCUAGUGGACAACAAAACAGUAUGAGUUUAAGUCAGGGACAUGUUCAAUCCAAUUCCUCAAGGCCACCAGUUCAUCACAUACCACCAGUCGGUGGGCCUCAUUCAGGACCAGCUCCUCACGUGAAUCCUGCAUUUUUCAAUCAACACCAAGCACCUAAUCAACUGAAUGACCCUUAUCGUGUCCCACCGGGUCCCAGUCAAUAUGGUGAUUACAUGGGUCCAAUGGGAGACUCUUCUAUCGUUCCUCCAAUGGCCGAGGCAGAGUUCGAAGAGAUCAUGGCUAAAAAUAGAAGUGUUUCCAGCGGUGCUAUUAGUCGAGCUGUUGCUGAUGCCAGUGCUGGUGAUUUUGAGAGAGCUGUAGAGACUCUAGUUACUGCGAUUGGUCUGAUUAAAAGGUCGAAGGUUGCUAAUGAUGAAAGGUGUAAGAUACUGAUCAGCUCUUUGCAAGAUACACUUCAUGGUAUUCAAGCCAAAUCUUAUGGUUCGAGUAAAUACAAAGACAGGCCCAGAUCUAGAGAUAGAUCAAGAGAUCGAGGUAGAAGAGAAAAGUCAGGCCGAAGAGAUCGAUCACGAAGUCGCGAAAGAGAUUACAGAGACAGAAGUCGAGAUCGAUAUCAUGUUGAAAGAUUACACGAUAGAGACAGAGAAAGAGAUCGAGACAGAGACCGCGACAGAGACCGAGACCGAGAUCGAGACAGAGAUCGUGAUCGAGAUCGUGAUCGUGACCGUGAUCGUGAUCGAGAUCGAGACAGAGAUCGAGAUCGAGAAAGAUUGAAAGAUUUCUAACCUUCACAGGUAAAGUUGAUUACCUAUUAAUCCAGUCCCUUGACCGAUUAUCCAAAGAAAUUGGAAUCAACAAACAAGAUCAACAGAAAACCACUUUUUUCUUGGUUCAUUUAUCUUCACCCGGAAUUUGAUUAUCAAUUCAAUUAACUCGAUUCAAGCAAAUGCAGUCAAAUUAACAACAGCCAGUGAACUUAAUCAAAUUUCAAAAGAUCCAUCAUCAAAAUCAAACACCUUAACCAUAACACCCAACCUUUGAUAUUUCAGGUUAAAUUACCGGACUUCAAAGCUAACCAUAAAUAGAAUCGGAAAAUAUCAACUAAUUAAAGUUGAUGAUUAAAUUAACGAGUUAACAAUCAAUUAAUCUGGAUGGUUUCCAAUUAUAUUGAUCGUGUUUAAAACAAUUAUCACCUUUUCCUUAAUAAUAAAUUGAUCAUAGAUUCUCAUUGAUUCUCAACAAAA